GCGAGAUAUAAAUUCACUUUGUUAUUAUAUCUAAACAUAUCUAUAUGAAACGGUUCGAAUUUCGAAUCGUGAACUUUGAUUCCUCCGAACGAAAAGGAUAAGACCCCGAUAAUAAAUUCAGCGAAAAGCCGGCAUUUCCAUCACUCUGUAACAUCGCCUCCUCUCGACUUCGAGCCGAUUACAAACCGCUAGAAAGGGUCGAAUAAAAUCCACCAAAAACACCAUAAAUAAAUCGAAAAAUGGCAUCCCCGUUUUGCCUGGAUUACUCCCCGCCCAACGACGAGUGGCGCUCCGUGGCCGAGCGGGAGCUCCGGGAAACCCCGGAGAACGUGAAAAAGGGCCUCGAAGAGCUCAAGGACCUUCUGCGCAACGACGACGAAAUCUACUUCAAGGACGACGACGAGGUCCUCACCAUGUUCCUGAGGCCCUGCAAAUGGUACGCGAAGAGCGCCCACGAAUUGAUGACGAGAAUAGCCAAAUUCAAAGUAGAUAACGCCAGAUUGGUUGAAAAUUUAAUGCCUGAAGAUGAAAAAAUCGCCUUCACAGAACACAAUGUCGUCAACGUUCUCACUAACCUAGACCACAAAGGCAGGAGGAUACUCUUAGUAAAUGCCGGAGCCACCUGGGACCCGUCGAAGGUGAAUUCCGACCAGAUCUUCCGGCUGUUCUACAUCAUCCACAUGCUGGCCCUGCUGGAGGAAUCCAGCCAAAUCAACGGCGUGGUGGUGAUCAUGGACUACGAGGGCAUGGGUUUCUCGCAAGUGAAAGGUUUGGGCCCCUCGUUCGCGAAUUUAUUGCUCACGUUCAUCCAGCAGGCGAUGCCGUUGAGGCUCAAAGAGGUGCACAUGGUGAAAGAGCCGAUGGUGUUCAACAUGGUGUGGACGCUGUUCAAGCCGCUGUUGAAGGACAAGCUGAGGAAGAGGAUCAUUUUUCACGGUAAGAAGAUGUCUUCGUUGCACAAGUACAUUCCGGCUUCGCAUUUGCCGAAAAAUUACGGCGGGGAUUUACCCGAAAUCGAUUACAGCGGGAAAGAUUGGUAUCCGGUGAUCAGCGACGAAAAGGUCACCGAGCACAUGAAGAUGAUGAACACCUUCGGGAAAAAGAAGAAGAGCGCCUGAUGAUGGGUUUCUUUACCGGACAAUUCGUUCGAUUUUUACGUUGAUUACUGAUGUUUAUUUUUGUAUAAUAUAUUUAGUUAUAAUGUAUGGCUUUGACGUUACCAAUAUGUUAAGUAUUUGGUUGUAUAAUUAAUGUACCGAUAACAUUCGCAUAUAUAGUGUAUAUUCAACAAUUCGAUUCGUGACGUCAACGCUCGAUUAACCCGAGCACAUUGUAGGUAUAAAUACGAACUAAAAUUUUGUAGUUUUUUAUAUUGUUGUAAUUUGUAAUUGAAAAUAUUUUAUUUAAUAUACGGACUUUCAUUUCCUAAUCAGAUAACGUGACAACAGAUACACAGGCUCGAAAUAGGUUUUGUUUUCGUU